AUGACUAGAAAGGGGCUAGUGGUGUCGAGGAUGUCAGUCAAAUCCACCUGCAGCACUGCAAGCGCUUGCUGGGUCGCGGCGGAGGAGCAGGCUCAGACUCCUGAGACGAUUGGCCGGACUGCCGCUGCUCCCUCGGCCCGCGCGGUUGUGGUCGCUGCUGUUGCUGGUGUUGCUGCUGCUGCUGCUGCUGCUGACGCUGGCGUUGCUGCUGCUGCUGCUGCUGCUGCGGUUGCUGCUGCUGCUGACGCGGGUGCUGCGGCUGCGGCUGCGGCUGCUGCGGUUGCUGCUGGUGGCGGUGGUGUUGCGGCUGCGGCUGCGGCUGCGGCUGCGGCUGCGGCGGCUGCGUUGCCGCCGCCCUCGCGAGGGCUGCUGGGGCGGUUGCAGCUGCUCGGACUCCUGCAGCUGCUGCUGUGGGCUGGCGCUGCCGCGUCUGGGUGCCAGCAGUGCUGGUUCUUUUUCGGGCUUGUGUUUUGUGUGUGA